AUGCCGGAAUGUUGUAAGGAAGAGAGCUCUCCUUCCGGUUUCCUACAUCUUCUUAUGUUCACCGGCACUUUGCUUAAGCGUUGUGGUGGUUUAGAAGCUUCCGGUACCCUAGCAGCCACAGACUUCCCCUCCUAUGCAGCCUGUUUGUGCACUCCUUCAGGAUGUCCGAAGCACGAGCGCGAAGCAGAUGCACCACCAGUCUACAAGGAGGUCAUGGAAAUGGCCUGGGCUGAAAAUCCUGACAGCCGACCCACCUUCCAGGAAUUACAAGACAAGAUGAAGAAGAUCUGCGAAGGACAGUAA